AUGUCCGGUAUAUAUACAUGUAAUUCCUGUGUCAUGGAAUUUGCUUCCAGUAUUGAACAAAGACAACAUAUGAAAUCAGAUUGGCAUCGUUAUAAUUUGAAAAGAAGAGUAGCUCAAUUACCACCAAUUACUGAAUCUACAUUCAAUACUAAAGUGAAUGCCGCCAAUACAGCCGCUACGGCAGAAACCACUAAAAAUAAUGAAGAUUCUAAGAAACAAUUGACUAAGAAGGAAAUUAGAAGAAGAGAAAAGGAAGCUCUACUACAGAGAAAGAAAGAAUUAUUGGAAUUAGCUAGAGAAAAUAUGUUGAAAAACAUGCAACAACAGCAACAACAAGAACAACCAAUUACUCCUCAACAACAAGAAGAAAUACCACUCGUAUCUGAAAAGCAAGAACAAGAACAAAAUCAAGAACAAAAUCAAGAACAAAAAUCCCAAGUUGAAGCUGAACAAAAACAAGACAAUGAAGAAGAUUUGACUGAAGAGCAAUUAGCUGAAAGGUUGAUGAACCAAAAAUUAGCAAACAAAGUAGACAUUCCAUUGGAACAAUGUCUUUUCUGUACCAAGAGAAUAUUCACUGAUUUUGAAACUAAUUUAGACCACAUGUUUAAAUCUCAUGGGUUUUACAUUCCAGAACAAAAGUAUUUAGAAGAUAAAGAAGGUUUAGUCAAAUAUCUCUCGGAAAAAAUUGGUCUUGGGAACGUGUGUAUUGUUUGCAAUUAUCAAGGUAAAUCUAUCGAAGCUGUAAGAGCUCAUAUGUUAGCUAAGAGACAUUGUAAAAUUCCAUAUGAAAAUGAAAAUGAAAAACUGGAAAUAUCUGAAUUUUAUAAUUUCACAAGUACUUAUGAUCAAUUUGAAAAACCUGCAAGGAAAAAGAAAACUGUUAUUCAAAUUAAUAGUGGAGACAACUUGGAAGGUGAAGGUGAAGAUGAAUGGGAAGAUGUUGAUAGUGCUGAAGACGAUGCAAACGGAAAUGGAGAAAUUGAAGAAGAACUUUAUGAAGAUGAUGAAGAUGAACCACCAAAGGAAUAUUUAUACCAUGAUAACGUCGAACUUCAUCUACCCACAGGUAUUAAAGUCGGGCAUCGUUCAUUACAACGUUAUUAUAAACAAGAUUUGAAACCUGAAAAGGAAUUGACUGAAGGUCAAGGUACUUUAAUGGCAGCAGAGACGAGAUCAUUCGUGAACACUUUAGAUGCCAAAGAGAUUCAAGUUAGACAAAGAACUUGGCAAACAGAAAUCAAAGAUAAAAAGACACAUGAUAAGAGGAGGGCUAAAUUCGUUAAUAACCAACCUUAUUAUAGAGAUCAAUUGUUGCAAUGA